GCAGUAUUCAAUCGUUGCUGGUUAUGUGAAUUGACAAUGACUUCUGGAAGUGAUUGAAGGGUAUGCCAUUGCAAGGACCAGGAGGUUCUACAAGCAGUUUUUAGAACCGUUUCCAGGUGACUGGAUCGCGUGCGGCUCGGCGGGCUCAGGAGCCGGCUGGGGGCUUGGGAAAUGCCACGCAUGUCGGUAAACAAACCGCCUCGCGAGCCCCGGUGAUGACACGAGCUCGCGCGAGCUUCCUUCCAUGCCACAGCCAGACAAUUCACUUACGGCGGCUGCAGAGGUCACGGGCCGCGAGGGUGCCAUGUCCGGCCGCGGCGGCUCCGCCUCCGGUGGCGCUGGCGGCGGCGGCCUGGGCGGCCUGGGCGGCGGCGUGUCUCGCCUGGGCGGCAGCGGCUUCUGGGCGCUGGCUGCCGGCUACCUGUUCGCCUACUUCAACGCCAAGUCCAUUGAGGAGCGCAAGGCGCGCAUUGAGCGGGUCAACAAGCAGCUCAAGAACUUCUAUGGGCCGCUCCUGGCCACCAUCACCGCCUCCCGCUCCGCCUUCCGGGCUAUGGUGCGGCAGCACAGCCCCGACGGCACCAAGGAGGCCUUCCAGGCGGCGGUGUUCGCUGCGCCGGACGGACCGGAGGCGCGCGCCUACCGGGUGUGGAUGGCGGAGGUGCUGCAGCCGCUAAAUGAGCGAGCCGCCAAGGUGGUGACGGAGCACAUCGACCUGCUGGACGCGCCCGGGCUGGAGCCGGCCCUGCUGCAGCUGGUGGCGGCCACGUCAGCUUACCGGGUCAUACUGCAGAGCUGGAAGAAUGGCGACUUCAGCGCCUACAGCGUGAUCAAGUACCCCGACCACCUGGCCGACAGCCUGACGCGCGAGUUCAACAUCAUCAAGCGGCGGCAGGCGGCGCUGCUGGGGGAGGGCAGCCGCAGAGCCAAAGCCGCGCACAUACACACGCUCACGCACAGCCCGCCAGCCCCCGGCCCCGGCCCCAGCCACCAGCAACCCGCCGGGCCGGAUGGUGCGGGCGCCGCCACUGCCGCCAGCGGCGCCACAUCAAAAUCCGGGUCUGGGUCCGGAUCUGGAUCCGGAAUCCAAGCAGCAGCAGGAACAGGAGCAGUGGGAGGAGGAGAAGGAGGAGGAGGAGUGGCGGCGGGUUCAGCGCGCUCGGGGCAGCUGGCAGGGGUAGCCGCAGGGGGGUCAGUGGGGCCGCCGGCUGUACCAGCUGUGGGCAAUGGUCGCGGUGGCGGUGGCGGUGGCGGUGGUAGCGGUGGCGGCCGCGGGGCGGGCACGGCUGCGGCGGUGGUGCCAGAGCUUCAAUACCAGGUGCAGCCCCGGUCGCAGCUGCGGUCUCGGCUGUGAAGGCGAGCUCUGGUCAUUUGGUACGAGCGCGGAUGGUGACGACUUUGGCGGUGCGUUCACUCGUAGGACACGGAUGGAAAGCGCGGAGGUGGAAAGCGGCGGCGGUGUGGCGUUGUCAGGCACCGAGGGCAGACAGGUAGAGCAGGGGAUACAUUGACAGAGAGGGCGUUGCGGAGAGCGUGUUGGGGCCUUUGGGGCAGGGUUAUGCGGCAGGAUGUGUCAGGCCAUUUGGGGGUUAAGCCCUGCGCGCACAGGAAACGUGCUUUGCAAGUCCGGCAUGAGUGUAUGUGCUGAGACUGACGCCCUCACCAAGGUUGAACUGCGCUUUACCUAAUGCACUGAUGCAGGAGGUGACUGUGCAUCUACAGGGGAAGUUACGGGGGACGUUGCCAUGGAAUAGUAACAAUAGUUGGAGCAGCAGUAGAGCGAUCGACAAAGGGCCUUCGCAUCGGCUGCAAUGCCCGGUUUGGGGCUGCAGUACGCCCAGUGCCUGGUGCUCAUCCGUGGACGCUGGUCAUCUUCCUGCAGGUGCGCUGCGGCUCUGCAUCGCGAGUGUGGCGUUGCGGUCUGUCUGUGUGGUGCUAUCGCCUGGCCGGGCGCCCGGAGCGUGAGGAAUGCGCAUCAGCAAACUUCCAGCCAGCCAGCAAACUCCGGCGUUCGACCAGCCAUGCACUUCUGCUCUGCCACUGCAAACUGUUUGCCGUCUGCUUGAGGGUAUGGGCAUCAGCUGCACCCUACGGGACCUCGCCAGCCUGCCUUGACCCCUGUCCCAUCGCACACCCAGUGCCAGGGGCGCAGGGUGUGCGCGCGGGCCCGGCUUGGACCCGGGAGUUGCUUUUGUUGAUGCAGAAUAGGUUUGUGCAAUUGGUGUUGUUAUCCGCAAUGGAAA